CCGUAUAAGUGAACAGUGUAAUUGAAAGUCAAACUUUCUGUUUCUAGGUUUAAAAGUGAAGAAGAAAAAAAUACAGCUGUAUUGCCGAAAGGUGAAGCCGUAGUUGGUAAGAGCCGUAACAGCUUUUGAAUAUAAAGUGGCAGAUGUUACUGUAAGACAUGCCGGCUUAUCGAGAUAGCAGUAGCAAUCCUAAUGCAACAACUACAACGGUGGUGACUAGACGAGUGGAACCAACUCCACCAGUAGAGCUGACCCCGAAUGGCAUCGCCUCAGCCAAACAUGAGGAAUGGACAACUUCCAAGAAAGUUGUGAACCACAAAACCAGACAGGUAGAGACACGGGUGCAGCGGCAACUCGUGUAUGAAGACGGAAAAGUGGUUGCCGAUAGUGGACCUCAGAUUUCCACUAAAACUACAGAAGAUAAUCGUACAGAAGAAAUGGAAAAUAGAGAUCAUAAGACUACAGGGGGAGAGGAUACAGGUUCGGAUUACGCACCCGUUCCCGGUUCAGCGCGAGUGAUCACCGAGAAGACUGAGACGCGACAAACUACGAGGGAGAAUAAAGAGGAAGAUAUGCAACUGCAUGACGAAACUUUCCAGGAACUGACAGGCACUGAUCUUCAUCAAAAGGCACUGACAGCCCCUGAUGAUGGAUUCUUCAGUCAAGAAAUAGAUGUCAGUAAACCAUACCCGGGUAAAAUCACUCACUACUCUUGUCGCGGCCAAAAAGUGACGGACAAAGAAGAAGUAAAUGAAGUGUCCGAGUGGAAAGACGGGGAGAUAACUACAGAGACCACUACUACACGACAUCAUGAAGAACAGCAUGAUGAUGAGGUCCCUGAAGAUGAAAUUGACGAAGCGACAAUCCCAGAAAUAUCUAAAGAAACGACAAAUAACAUUGAGUACUAUGGGGAUUAUACCAACCAAGAAAGUUUGAGUGAGAGAUUAAGACGAGAGAGAGAACAGAGGAUUAGGAAGGAACUAUUUCCCGAGCGACAGAAUACAAUUUCUCAGAACGCUCUCGGUUCUAAAUACAAGAAGGAGAUCAUGGAUUGUGAAAGAAACCACGGGUUAGAUAACCACUUAGACACCAAUAGUGACAGCAACUAUGAGCCAGCAAACAGAAAAACAACUAAAAGUACUAUUCAUAUCAAAAUGAACAACAGUUCCGAAUCUCCCUCUCGGGCUCACGUGGAAAAGGAUUUUAUAGAAAGUGGGAACAAAUUUUCCAGAAACGUUCAAGAUAGAGCAAUUUAUGACAAGACUAAAAAAAAUUUCGUGGGGGUGUCGGAAUGGGAUCCAAGACCUCGAAAGUUUUCUGAAGUUCAGAGUUCACCAAAACGAAGAGAAAGUACAAAGUCUACCCCACCAGGAGGCUCGUGGAAAAACUUCAGUUCAUCUUCGCAUCUGGUAAAUGAAAGUUCACCAAGAUAUGAAUCAUCAUCUUUGAGGAGGCAGUCAACUCCAUGGAAGUCCACGUCCUCUAUCAGAGACGACUUUCACAGAACAUUUCUAGACGACCAGAAGAAAGAUAGACACGACUCUUUCCAAACAAAGCACCUGUCUCCUGAUAGGUCCAAGGUACAAAGGUCUUACUCCCACAAGGAUGCUUCUCGAAAGUUCACAGUGUAUGACGAUUCUAGGGCCCCCAGGGUCACCACCUUCAACAAGGAUUAUUCGAAUUCUCCUAUUUCUCAGACCCUGCCACGUGAUACAAAAUUUAAAAAUAGCCCAAAUACUAGUUACGUAUACACUUCAGUGAAUAAGUCUACACCUCAAGAUCAUGACAGGAAAGACAGCUGGAUCCACGUGGAUAGUCAACACGUGACUCUACCCCGACGACUUGCAACACAUCCCGCGAGAGUUUCUGAAGAACGUGACGUUCAGACAUUGCCUAGGACUCAUUCUAAGAAGCCCCAUCAAGAACAGAGGAAGAAUUCUGCAACAGGGACACCUCGCCGUUCAUUCUACUUUGGGGAUGAAAGUGACGUUAGUUUCCAUAGUGAUGGUAAAAAGAAGACAGGACAACCCCAAAGUUUUGACGAAUCCAGCAGCUACAAAAGAUUCUUAAAAUUCAAAAAUAACUGUACUGACCAGCCAAUCAGAUAUCACACAAUAGAACGAGAUGUCAGAGUGAAAGACAGACCUCAGAGGUCAUCAAUUCAUCUGAGUAUAGGGGAUCUAAGAAGUCCUCAUUACAAAUCAGAAUUAAAUCGCAGCAGUGAAGACAACAUCUGGGACCAAUCUCAUUAUCACACAGUAGUGAGGCGUGACGUAUCUGGAAGAAAAACCUCCUAUCAGCAUACCUUCAGCAACGGUGAUGAUCAGAGUGGUAAAGACGUCAUAAGCCCCAUUGACAAAUCUGACAUUCGUAAAUCAAAGCUUCAACCUUACGGAAAACGAAAAGAGCUCAUUUUUAACUCUGAUGCCCCGAAUAAGGAUUUUAUGAAAACUACAGAGAGUGACGUCAAUAGAAGACAACUCACCGACUCAAGACGCUCAUUCUCUCCUCCAGUUCUUAUGAAAGUAAAUGGGACAACCACAUUUAAGACUCGAUCUUUCACCCCACCCGAAUCACCACAAGAGGCUCCUCCACGUCCAACCCCACCUCCUCCUAGUGGAGGACUGUUUGACAACAACACUCUUCCAAAGUUCCGCUCAGAAAAAACGUCCAAUCAUCCGCAUUCUCUUACUCUGGCGACAAAAGUUCCUACCUUCAGCCCGUUAUCAAGCCCUAUGGAAAUCAAAGCCAUGGCUAGCAGAACAACAAUGGCGCCUCUAUCAAGCCACGAUCAUCAUGAACAUGAAGAAAUUGUUGUACCUGUAAGGCCACCCCGUAGGUCUAGAGGAACAGCAAAGUGGGAUGACAGAUAAAUAUAGUUUGAGAGAAAUAAUAAUACUAAUUAACUGGUACUGUAAUUAGAAGCAUUAGGGUUAACACAAUUUUUUAAUGAUUAUUUAACAAACUUAUAAUUUGUCGGGACAAAAGUAGGACUGGAAGAACAGAUUCUUGUUUCAAGACAUGUUAUGGAAAUAUAAUGAAAAUAGAGAUAUAGCGUACUGAAAUGCUCGGAUUAGAAAGGUAUCACGAAAUUUCCCCUACAGUGAUAUUCCUAACAGGACCGCGUUAUGAUUGUCUCUCAUUGUCGAACUUCCAUUGAAACCAUACAAGCGAUUUGUUUUUUAUGACAAUAUUAUAAAAACUCAAGCAACAAUAUAUCAUAUAAAUGUAAGAUAUUUACGUAUAUAUUGAUAUAACAGACUGUAGGUUAUUUUAACAUUAACGUAUUAGAAUAGUUCUUUUUAAAUAUCAAAUAUAACACAUAUUAUAAUAUAUCCGUUUUAAAUUCUGAAUGUUUUGAAUUUAAUAAUAUCAGUGUCAUGUCAUAUGCGUAAAACGUGUUAAUAUCUAAAUAUAUUAUGUUACUAUAUGUAUACAUAAAUAUGCCAAAAUGUUUUUUUUUAUUUAAGUAAAAUAUUGUAAUUAUUAAAGACAAUAAUAACGCAGUCCUGUCAAGGAAAUUUUGUAGUACAUUUCUCGUUCGAGAUAUUGUGCAACUCAGGAAAAGUACCAUGUUUUUAAUAAUACCAAAUAACACUUAUUACCAUACAACUGUGGUAAGGAAGGUUACAACAACACACUUACCAUCUUCUAACCACAUAACUGGUUUCACAUAUAUUCUUAUACUCCAGUAGUUUAGGCGCUGAGGGGACUGCAAACCGAUAUGAUCAGUUUUAAUUAAUUUUACAGUUACUAUGGUAACAGUAACAGCACAAACUAUAACCAUAGUUACCAUAACAAAUGUGUAUAAAACCAUAGUUUGUAUCGUAAAUGGUUACCUUGUAUAUAAUAAUAAUAAUUAAAAAUAACACAGCGAAAAUUUACUGGAAGUAGAAGUAAUUAAACACUAAUAUAUCUUCACGUGUGUACAAUUAGCGCACACGCUAGAGUAGGUCAAAGUUCACAGAUAUUAAUAGUAAAGUAAUAACUUUAAUAGUUUAAUACUUGUAUAAGCAAGGUUUAACCAAACUGUUAGUUUUACAUUUUAUUUUUGUAUUUUAUACGUGGUUAAUCUGAACUAAAAAAGUUUUACUACCAGUUCUCUGUAAUUGUAAAAUUUUGUGACGUCAAUCUGCCCCCUCCUUCUGCAUCCCAGCACCAAUUAACAGUUAAUUCAGACCUUCAAUUGUCUGAAUAGCUUAGCUAAGUGUUGUAUAUGACAUAUAAUUGGACGUUUAACCAGUAAUUUAAAAAGCAUACCUGUCCGGUGACUUCUUCAUCCCAUUGGCUCGCUUUUUCGGGAGUUUUUUUUUGUAUGUAGCAGUUUCAUUGCAACCCAUAGUUUGAAAUUAAUAUUAUUAUAAUUUAAACAUCACUGACAAUUCUGUCUAUUGUUAGGCAUAUUUCAUGAUAUAAAAUUUACAUAUAUUCGCAAAAUGCUGUUGUUUUAUAUCCGAAGAAUGUUUGAUACAGCUUGAAACAUGAUCCCCCCCCCCUACCCCAGUUAGUAAACAGUUUUUGUUGCCUGAAAAUAAUGUUCAGAGCAAAAGAUACAAUUCUAAACAUUUUGACCGGUAAUACACGGUUCACGAUGAUAAACCUUUCGGCCAUAUUGCACGGGUUUCACGACUUAAGACAGAAGAAUUCAUAUGACGUCACAUCUCUCAUCAUGCAUAACGUAUAUUUUGUAUAUAUUAGUCAUAGAUUUUUUUUCAAGAUAAAAAAAACUGAUUUAAGGAAUUAUUAUUUUACUAAAAAAAUUACAGUUAGAUACUGACUUUAUAAUUCAUUUAUGAUGUUACUGUUGCUCUAACACGAUUAUUAACCAAAUCACGAAAAUAUUCAGUUUGUUUCUGUCAAAUCAAACAACUUCAAUCGGAAGGAAAACAGGAUCUAAGCCUAACAAGGUUAAAUGUACAGUUUUUUAGAAUAAAGAUCACAUUAGAUUUACUAAAUCUGCCUCCGCUUGCUUAUUUUUAGUUAUUGUGGUAUUGAUAUGUUGGUACGUAGAUCGUAUCGGCAAUGGCCUCGUGUUAGGGUUAGCAUCUUUGUCAAAGUUACUGGUACCAAAAUGCAUUAGAAAACAAAAACGGAUGGACAUUCACAUGGAUUUAUAUGAACGUAAAUUAUCUUCUUUGGUACGUAGAUCGUAUCGGCAAUGGCCUCGUGUUAGGGUUAGCAUCUUUGUCAAAGUUACUGGUACCAAAACGCAUUAGAAAAC